UCUCUAUCAGAGCUCUGUGAGACACAAUGAAGGAAACAUCUGUCAGAUUUCUGCUCAUUCUGACCUCGGUUCUGAGAUGCACAAUAAACCAAGCUGGUCUGACUGUGAGUCCCAGCAGAUCUCAGUUCUUUGAGUUAGACUCUGUGUCUCUGAGCUGUGAGGAGAACAACAGCUCUGCUGGAUGGACUGUAUGGAGGAACACAACCAGAGGAACCAGGACUCAGUGUGGAGAUGGAUGGGGGGAACCAGCUGGUUCUACCUGUAAGAUCAGUUAUAUCGACCCAUGGGACAGUGGAGUUUACUGGUGUUGGUCGUCCAGAAAGGGAGCAGCCAGCAGCAGCAUCCCGCUCACUGUCACUGGUGGAUCAGUGAUCCUGCAGAGUCCUGUCCUCCCUGUGAUGGAGGGAGAUGACGUCACUCUGAGCUGUCUAACAAAGACCACUCCCUCCAACCUCCCAGCUGCUUUCUAUAAAGAUGGCUCCCUCAUCAGGACUGAGCCCAAAGGUCACAUGACCCUCCACCAUGUGACCAGCUCUGAUGAAGGCCUCUACAGGUGUAACAUCAGUGGUCAUGGAGCGUCUCCAUCCAGCUGGAUCUCUGUUGAAGAAAAACCAUCAACUCCUGAUCCUCCAACUUCUCCUCCAUCUACAACAUCUUCUCCAUCUCUCUGCCACUUUCCUUCCUACCUUCUCCCGUUACUUUCAAAGAUGAUUCUUGUGGUUCUGCUGCUGGUUCUGCUGAGGAGACGAUGCUUUCAGAGGAAAUUUGAAGGGAAUCAAGACAUAGAAGAACAAAGUAUUACUUACAGUAACGUCAACGAAUAACAUCAUCAUUGAUAGAAAUCAAAUGAAGGCGAAUUGCUUCUUUUAUUUUUUAUUUUUAUGGAUGACAGGAACCAGAACUUUAAGAACUGUUUGAUUUCUGAGCU